AGUGGUUGGUUUUUAAUCAGACUAUGUUUAAAUUCAAACAGGUAAAAGAAUGAAACAAAAUGAAAGUAGAUAAAGGGGAAAUUCCAAACCUGUAAAUACCCAGAUCAAUGGAUUCCCCAAGUAUAACACCCCAAAUUGAAACAGGUAUACAGCAUAUGUCAGAGUCCAUGUUUGUGGGACUGUGUCAUGCAGUGGGGACCUCACAACAGGUGGCAGUGCGGAGAGAUGUGAUAGACACUAUGGAGAUGGUGACAAAUAAAGUAAGAACAAGUAACGAGAACACUGUGAUGUUGAGUGGAAGUCAAAAAGAAGGAUUCAGAAUGAAGGGAUCUGAUUUUGAUUACAUGCAUUGGUUUAACAACCAACCAGUGAUCUGGGACUUAUCUCAGAACCAGUUUUACAAUGUACACAGACAAUCCCUGAUUUUCGCUGUCUCUUCUGAAAGUCCACCCGGAUUUACUUUACUUCAAUUACUGACACCAAGAGCAAGCAGCAGAGUUCUCUCAGCAUUAGUCACAAUUAAUGGUGGAUGUCAUAUAUCUAGUUCUAAAUACAGAGAGAUAACAUGUUUUGAGAUAAUGCCAAACUCUACAUUACGUGUACAUGGUCCAUGUGGCAGUGGAGCUGUAGGGCCAGUAGAAUAUGAUACUGCCCAUUGUUUUGCUUGUGACUUUUGGCCUCCGUCUGCCUAUUCAUGGAUAGACAGAUGUCACACAUGGCCCCAGCCACAGGUUGUUAGGGACAUAGUCAAAAGUGGAUGUCACUUUGUAGCAAUAGGACACAAAUUAGGAAAUCAUGAAAGCAAUGAAUGGAGAAUUUCAUUUUCUCAAGCAGAUCAAAAACUUGUGUACUCAAUGAACCACAGUCAAUUCUUAACUUAUGGUUUGCUGAAAUUGAUUUUAAAAGAAGUCAUUAACAAUGGAGUAGGUGAAAAUGAGAAAUUACUGUGUUCCUAUCACAUGAAGACAGCAGUUUUCUGGAUGAUUCAACAAAACACAAUACCUAAUUGGUGUCCACAGAAUCUCCUGAAAUGUUUCUGGUACUGCUUUAAAAUCAUCCUUCAAUGGGUGUAUGAGGGAGUCUGUCCUAACUUUUUCAUUCCAGAAAACAAUAUGUUUCUCAGUAAUAUCCACGGUGAAGCACAAAACAGAUUAUUCGUUAAACUGUGUGGUUUUUAUGAAAAAGGUUUAGGAUCCCUGCUACACAGUCCCUCCCUCAGGUCCUAUAUUAUAAAAGUCCUUUAUAACCCCAGACUCACUAUUUGUACUGAUGAACACAAUUUGGUAUCUGAGAUCAAGUUUGAUAGGAAAAUGUUUAUGGAGAUAUACAAAAAUAAUAUACUAUCCUCAUCAGAUCUCUACCUCAUUAUGAAGUACCUUAACACAGUAGAUCAGUUAACAGUCUCACCCCUGACACAGUAUCAAGUUCUCAUGUUACAGGUACUUACAGCCCCCUUCCUUCACAGUGCUGCUUUUACAUUACAAAACAUGUACAGCAGCAACACCACUAAAAACAAGCUGAUGUAUAUUGCUGACAGAAUGUCCUGUCACAUGUUGAAACUCACAGUCAAGUUUGGGUGUAUUUCUGACAGAUUGUACAUUGCAAUGUAUUAUUACAAGACACUCAGAUACACAGAAGCCCUGUCUGCGAUAGAGAUGACAAAGGUCAACUUAGCUCAGCCAUAUGUGAUGUAUGACGCGACAGUAGACACGGAGAGGUAUAACGAGGCUGUAGGGGGACAGUCCUGGUCUACAAAGUUAAGACAUGCUGUAGCAUGGAAUAUCAAAUUAGAAAACAGUAUCAUUUAUAUAAAUGAAUUAAUGACAGAGCAGAUGGUUUCCUUAAAGAAUCAUAAUAAAUCAUUACUUAUCCCACCCUUAGUUGUGUUACACAUGCUGGAGUUCCUGUGUUACAGACAUAUUGACACAAUGAGAGCACAAACAGCUCUUAAUGAUCUACAGGUCCUAGUUCACCAUGAUCAGGGGGUGUAUGUACCACAAAUACUAAGAGACAUAUCAUGGCAGAUCCUGGGUAUCUGUCAACAGAUCUCAGGGAACCUCCAGACUGCUCUAUACUCCUACCAACAAUCACUCAGACAGAUCCAUUCAAUGAAAUACAAAUUGCUACACUAAUGAGAAUACAUGAACUCGGAUAAGUACAAUAUUGUACAAUUAAAUAGUUCAUGCUCCUUUCACUGAAUAAUUGUUGCCAAGAAUACUUUUAAAAAUCAGUGAAUUAAGGAUGAAUUCUUCUCAUAUUUAUUGGACGCAUUGAAAUGUGAUAUUUUGCAUGCAUAUAAUACCAUUUGAGUGUUGAGGUUCUUGAUUUUGUGUCUAGAUCAAUUCAAAGUCAUGUUUUGUUUAUUGCAUUAUUAUACUAUGUUUCUGUCCUAGAAGGGACUAAUACUCUCAUUGGCACACUCAGCCGAGGUCAUUACAUACAUGUAGUAGCUAGGAGGAACAGUUUUUGUGGACUAGAACAUAUAUCCCACUCCUAAAACACCUGUUUGUACACAAAUUUGAAAUUAUAGAUAGAAAUGAAUAUGUUGUAGUACUUAUUUUGUUUGAAAUGCAUAGCAUUUAUUUGAUAAACUGUUAGUGUUGUUUUGUGUCCCGAGACAGUAUAAUUCCUUUCAUAUGGAGGAGUCAUAAUUGUUGGUCAAUUUAUGAAAUCAAUUAGAUGUGCUUAUAAUAAAGAGGUUGGGGGGAAACAUAAAUUCCGCUAUAAUAGUGCAAUAUCACUCUUUUAGCGAGAUUGCACUAUAUUCUCAGCCAUAGACAGACAUGUAUAACCUCAAUUUCAUCAAAUUACAUGCUGGCUGAUUUUAGAAAGUGCAAGUCAAUUGGUGGGUAUAAAAACAAACAAUAAUUGGCAUCCUUAUAUUUUAUGCGUUUGAUAAUGCGACCAUACUUUUUCAAUCCUAAAUUACAUGUAUAGCCUCAAUUUCAUCAAAUUACAUGCUGGCUGAUUUUAAAAAGUGCCAAUCAAUUGGUGGGUAUAAAAACCAACAAUAAUUGGUAUGCUUAUAUUUUAUGCGUUUGAUAAUGCGGCCAUACUUUUUCAAUCCUAAAUUACAUUUUUAACAUAACAAUUGGUGAUUGUGGUAGUAUUGUAUUAAUGUGUGCGAGACAGUGAGAUUCAAUCAUGCUUUAAUACUACCACAAUCGCCGGUUGCUAUAUUUUAAAAAUGUAGCACCCGUUUGAAAAAGUGUUUUUGCAUUAUUAAACGCAAUGGUAGAAAAUUUAACAAAAUUCAUAAAAUGUCCGCAUGGCACUUAUUGUUCAUUUUUAUACCCACUAUGACUUGGAUUUUUUCAGUCAGCUAACAUGUCCAUUGAUGAAAUCAAGGCUAUUUACGGCUGAAAAUAUAGCGCAAUAUCACUAUAUUAGUGACAUACCACUAUCAUAGCUGAAUUUACGCUUCCCCCAAACCUGAUAAAAAUUUCAGUUUUUGAAAUUUUUUACAUUCAUUUAAUCUUUGCAAUUUUUCCAUAGACUAAGAUACUGAUUGUCAAUAUAUUCAGUUAAUUAUACAUGUAUGUGAAUACAAUGGAAAUUAAAACAGUUCAAAAACUUUGGAGAAAAAAAAUCACUCUUAAAUUCAGAUGCAGAGAUACAAUCUCCAAAAUUAUAAAACCAGAAAAUUUGGUGCAUAUGUAUUUUGGCACAAAUGCAAGUGCCAAGAUAUUGGCGCAAAUUAAUCUUAAAAACCGGCGAUUUAUUGCAAAAUUAAUACAUCAGUGUCGAGUUUGUGGUUUAAUCCAUGUCUAAUGUUUUCUCCAUAGUCAGUCCUCCAGCAUACGCUCAAUAGCAUCUGAUCAAUUUCUAACUCGUCAGUACUAAUAAUGUACUUGUAUAUUACAAUCAAAGAAUACUAAGGUGCAUUGAAAAAGGAACUCCAAGUUUGGUUCACUGAUUUCAUUCUUGGAAAACCAACAACGUACAGUGUGUCUUCUGUAUUUCUGAAACUCUCUGUCCUGAAGCCAAUGUGGCUUGUCCAAGUAAAAUCAAAAACAAAAUAGACUUGUUAAAGUCCAUUGAAAGCACGGGAAUUUUUAAUGCAUUUUUGUAGGUUUUAUGUAGGUGAAGGUUUAGUUCUGACUGCAUUUAACUUUUUUAUUGCAGACUUUUAGUAAGUGACGAUGUUUUGUAUAUCCAGUAUUAUAUGAUGGUAUGAAAAUAUAGUUGAAUAAAUGAUUGCACAAUCAUAAUAUUUUG